AUGUCACCUGGCGAGGAUGUAGUCCUCCACGGCUACCUCGGAUCACGGUCCGACUUGUCUAAGAAUUUCUGUUUUGUUCCCCUUCUCAGCAAGGACCUCAGUCAUAGUGUGCAAAUCAUAUCAACAGCUAAAUCGCCAGACGGCGAGCAGAGAUCCUGUCACGCGAUACUAAAGAGCUUGAGUGCGCAAUCGCCUGUGGUUGUCAAGGGUAGACUUAAACCCCGCGAGCCCACCAAGAAGGACCUUGGCGAUAUCAAAAAGGUCAAGAAUAUAGAAGUUGAGCUUCUCGACAUCCAAGCUCUCAAUGAGUUUCCGAAAGACAUCAUUAUCACCGAGGAGACGAACUUCCCUCCAGAGCAACGUCACCUGCAGAUCCGCAACGACAAGACUAUACGCGAUGCGCUCGCCUUCAGAAGUCGAGCAGCAAACAUAUGCAGAGAUGAACUGAGUAGCAAGCAUGAUUUCUUAGAAAUUGAGACGCCACUACUGUUCAAAUCUACUCCGGAAGGCGCGCGGGAGUUCUUGGUCCCUACGCGUACCAAGGGUCUGGCUUAUGCCCUUCCGCAAAGCCCUCAGCAGUAUAAACAGAUCUUGAUGGGCAGCGGUAUUCCGAGGUACUACCAGAUUGCACGAUGCUUCCGCGAUGAGGAUCUGCGAGCUGAUAGACAGCCUGAGUUCACACAACUUGACCUGGAGAUGUCAUUUGCAAAGGGCGAGGAUGUCAUGCAGACCAUCGAGGCUUUGCUCCGGCGCUUGUGGGACGAGAUGCUUAACGUGACUAACCUUCCCGCUCCCUUCCCGCGGAUGACAUACGAAGAGGCUAUGUCUAGGUACGGAUCUGACAAGCCGGACCUGCGGCUUGGAGCGGAGAUCAUGAGGAUCGGCCACCUCCUACCUGUUGAUCUGAUAAGCAAAAUAGGACCACUCACAGAUCCCAUAGUCGAUGUCCUGAAACUCCCCAUCUCAGAGCAGCCCGCAGAGACCCGAAAGUUUGUCUCACAAUUUAUGGACUCACCCGAGGCCUUACCGUUCAUCAACAACCCUGAAGGGCAGCCCGGUAUCUUCAUCGUCGACUCCAGAAAGCCACUACAAGGCCUGCAGCCCUUCGGCUUCGAAGCAGCUGAGCAACUGGAAGAGCUGCUCGAGCUCGAAGAUGGCGACCUCGUCGUCCUCCAAGCGCGCAAGAACGCUCCUUUCAGCGGCGGCUCAACGCCACUUGGCAAUCUACGUCUCGCACUCCACCGCGCAGCAGUUGCCGGAGGUUACAUACCCGCCCCUAAAGGCUUCGAAUUCUUAUGGAUUACGGACUUUCCACUCUUCUCACCGAGCAAUGAUACCGACCCCGGCCAAGGCGGUGCGGCAGGACUGUCCUCGACGCAUCACCCCUUCACGGCGCCGAAGAGCGUAGAAGAUGUUGAUCUCCUCGUGGACAACCCCGCCAGUGUCCGCGCUGAGCACUACGACAUCGUGGUCAACGGUGUUGAGCUCGGUGGAGGCAGCCGCCGUAUUCACGACGUAAGAGUACAGGAAUACAUCCUCCGCAACGUGCUAAAGAUGAGUGAUGAACGUUUGGAAGACUUCAGGCAUCUUCUUGACGUUCUGCGCGCUGGAUGCCCGCCACAUGCUGGUAUCGCGCUAGGGUUCGACCGACUGAUUGCUGUCAUGCUUGGAAGAGACUCUGUCAGGGACGUCAUUGCAUUUCCGAAAAGUGGGAAGGGCGAGGAUCUGCUGGUCAAGAGCCCGACUGCCUUGACUGAAAAGCAGCUGGAGACGUAUCAUCUGCGGCUGCGUGACUGA